UUGAAUUCGGUAGUGCAGCCGUGUAUGUAUGCCCUUAUCAUCAUCAAACACACCACUGCUGCUUCACUCACUGGACACUGUCACAACUCACAACCAAAACCCAUUCACUACACCCUCCAACACAAAUCUAUAUAUGCAUUCAUGUCCUCACUCAUCUUACCUUACACCUGCACUCACGGUUACGCCCCUAAUUUCCCCUUCAAAUUCAACCGUUUCUCUCCCCGAACCGUGACGGUUCGCGCGGCGGUUUCAUCCCCGGACAAGCGGAGCAGGAAGAAGAAGCCGGCGAAGGAUGACGAAACCGCACUUGAGAACGGCCUCCGUUUCAGCUUCAUGGAGGAGCUCAUGGACCGCGCCAGGAGCCGCGACUCAAACGGCGUGUCGGAAGUCAUGUACGACAUGAUCGCCGCUGGCCUCAACCCCGGUCCGCGGUCGUUUCAUGGCUUGGUAGUGUCUCACGCCCUUAACGGCGACGAAGAAGCUGCGAUGGAAUCGCUGAGAAGAGAGUUGGCUGCGGGGCUUCGACCGGUUCACGAGACCUUCUUGGCAUUGGUGAGGUUGUUUGGGUCCAAAGGUCGCGCCACUCGAGGUCUAGAAAUACUUGCAGCUAUGGAGAAGCUAAAUUAUGAUAUUCGCCAAGCUUGGAUUGUCCUUAUUGAGGAACUUGUUCAGAACAAGCAUUUGGAAGAUGCCAACCAAGUGUUCCUGAAGGGUGCCAAGGGUGGCCUUAGAGCUACUGAUGAGGUUUAUGAUCUUCUCAUAGAGGAAGACUGCAAAGUAGGGGACCAUUCUAAUGCCUUGGACAUUGCCUAUGAGAUGGAGGCGGCUGGCCGGAUGGCAACCACAUUUCAUUUCAAUUGCCUCCUCAGUGUGCAGGCUACCUGCGGAAUACCUGAAAUAGCUUUUGCAACAUUUGAGAAUAUGGAAUAUGGAGAAGAUUAUAUGAAGCCUGAUACCGAGACAUACAACUGGGUUAUUCAAGCAUAUACUAGAGCUGAAUCUUAUGACAGAGUACAAGAUGUUGCUGAGUUACUUGGCAUGAUGGUUGAAGAUCACAAACGGAUACAGCCAAAUGUGAAGACCCAUGCGUUGUUAGUGGAGUGUUUCACCAAGUACUGUGUGGUACGUGAAGCUAUUAGGCAUUUCCGUGCCCUUAAAAACUUUGAAGGGGGUACAAAAGUUCUACAUAAUGAAGGGAACCAUGGAGAUCCACUUUCUUUGUAUCUUCGGGCAUUAUGUCGGGAAGGAAGAAUUGUUGAAAUGCUUGAAGCUUUAGAAGCUUUGGCCAAAGAUAACCAGCCAAUCCCCUCACGGGCAAUGAUAUUGAGCAGAAAAUACCGGACAUUAGUGAGCUCAUGGAUUGAACCUUUACAAGAGGAGGCUGAACUUGGCUAUGAGAUUGAUUAUAUUGCUAGAUAUAUUGCAGAGGGUGGCCUAACUGGGGAGCGCAAGCGGUGGGUGCCUCGAAGAGGUAAAACACCUCUAGAUCCUGAUGCUCAUGGAUUUAUUUAUUCAAACCCAAUGGAGACCUCCUUCAAACAAAGAUGCCAGGAGGAGUUGAAGUUGUACAAUAAAAAGCUUCUAAAGACGUUGCAGAAUGAAGGACUUGCAGCUUUAGGGGAUGGUGUAUCUGAAUCUGAUUAUAUUAGAGUGCAGGAGAGGCUAAAGAAACUCAUAAAGGGACCUGACCAGAAUGUUUUAAAGCCUAAAGCUGCUAGUAAAAUGCUUGUGUCUGAAUUGAAGGAAGAACUAGAAGCACAAGGUUUGCCAACUGAUGGAACCAGAAAUGUUCUUUACCAGCGAGUACAGAAAGCAAGGAGAAUAAAUCGUUCUCGUGGUAGGCCCCUUUGGGUUCCUCCCAUUGAAGAGGAGGAAGAAGAGGUGGAUGAAGAGCUGGAUGCAUUAAUUUCACGUAUACAGCUGCAGGAAGGAAAUACAGAGUUCUGGAAACGUCGCUUUUUAGGAGAAGGCUUAACUGGUGAUCAGGAAAUGCCAACGGAUGCAGGUAAAGCAGAGGUCCCAGAAGUUCCAGAUGACAUUGAUGCUAUAGAAGAUGCUGCAAAAGAGGUUGAAGAUGAUGAAGUGGAUGAGGAGGAGGAGGAAGCAGAACAGGCUGAAGAGGAAGUAGAACCAGCAGAAACCCAAGAUGUAAACAGGAUAAAGGACAAGGAAGUUGAAGCUAAAAAGCCUCUUCAAAUGAUUGGAGUCCAGUUAUUGAAAGAUUCUGAUCAACCUACUACCACAUCUAAAAAGUUUAGGAAGUCUUCCAAAUUUCAUGUUCAGGAUGAUGAUGAUGAUGAUUGGUUCCCCCUGGACCUGUUUGAGGCGUUUAAGGAAAUGAGGAAGCGGAAAAUUUUUGAUGUGUCAGACAUGUAUACAUUGGCAGAUGCUUGGGGAUGGACAUGGGAGAGAGAACUGAAGAACAAACCCCCUCGUAAAUGGUCACAGGAAUGGGAAGUUGAGUUGGCAAUCAAAGUUAUGCAGAAGGUCAUAGAAUUGGGAGGGACACCAACUAUAGGAGAUUGUGCCAUGAUAUUGCGUGCAGCUAUAAGGGCACCUCUACCUUCUGCUUUCUUGACAAUUUUGCAAACAACUCAUGGCCUUGGUUAUAAGUUUGGGAGUCCUCUUUAUGAUGAGAUCAUCUCUCUCUGCGUUGAUCUUGGGGAACUGGAUGCGGCUGUUGCUGUAGUUGCAGAUUUGGAAACCACAGGGAUCUCGGUUUCAGACCAGACUUUGGAUAGGGUGAUUUCUGCCAAACAGAGGAUUGACAAUACCUCCAAUGGUGACAUAACGGAUGCAGGAUUGUAAAACUAUAUCUCCAUGCUGUACUGGUUGUAGUUUAAUGUAUCAUGAUUGAUCAUUGCACAAAUGUGCAAAUUUUGUGCUGAGCCUAAUGUAUGUAUAGUAUCAGGCCUAGAAAGUUUACCAAAAUUAGUAGCAUUUGUUCUCUUCUCUCCCAGCUUUCAGUUCUCUUCUACUCCGCCACCAUCUAUUGUUUCAAAAUGAAGCAACGACAGGCAUCACUGUUGGUACGACAAUGCUUAUUCAUUCCACCGACACGAAAUGAUGCUGUUGAAAAUUCAACGUCACCAACCAACCAAUAACUCGGAUUUCACGGUGGAUAAUAGUGUGAUUAUAUUGUCAAGACUCGAUCCACUUCAUUGACUGAUUAGUACUAUAUUUCAUAUAAAAUGUUUAAAAUUGUUAAUAACAAUUAUUGAAGGAGUUAAUGACAUAUAUAGGACUCGGAUCUAGUUCUUCUAAA